AGUGGCCCCAAGGCUGAAGCUGAGUAAGUCCAUCGGUCCUUCUAACAAAUCCACAGACGACCGCCAUGAACUCUCUGAUGACGAAAGCAGCAUAGUAAGUGGCCAAUAAUUGAUUUUCUACAAAGACAACCGAUGACAAAUAAAGCACAGGCUGAGUCGUCUACAGCCUUGUGAUCCAUUUGCCUUCGGUGCCGGUGCCAUGACUGCGAAUCCCCCACCUCACCCACCAUGUUCCAAAGCUUCUCCGGUAGCUCUCGCCGCACGCGCCAGGUGAACCUCUCCGGGCAAGACAUUAACCCAUUUGAGGCGUCAUCAUGGGCUCCAACAGCUUCCGGAACACAGAAGACGCUCGCUGCUGCUCAGCACGAGCGCCACCUGCGUCAACUUGAGCGAGAACGAUUAGUCGCAAGCAAGAACAUACAGAGAAUCUGGCGAGGACAUAGGGUCCGCAAGGAUGUGGCAAAUAGCAGGAGACAAGCAUGGGAUCUUCUCGAUAACCAGCAUACCCAGGAAGAGGAUCUUGCCGAGCCUAUCCUUAUGGAAGAGCUGAACCUGCUGCUUGCAUUCUUCAACUAUAAGAACUCUGAGGACAUCUCGAGGUUGGUCCGGCUCUGCCAAAGGAUUCUUCUGCGAGGCCGAGAUGGUCAAGGCUUUGAUGCCAACAUGGGACGCCGUCUACCGUUUCUGGUGGCGGUGCUGCUGGAUGCCCUCUCUCUUCAGCCACAGCCACCAGCAGAUAUUUUGAUCCAGACACUCACAUGUAUUGUGAAAUGGAACCCCAGCACAGCUAGCAAAGUAAUCACACGAUUCUACACGGUAUUAUCGGACCUUCUUAUCAGAAGAGAUUUGUCAAGCCAAUUCAAGACAAAAAUAUUCGAGGCUUUCGCUGCGCCGCUUGUUUUUAAAAGUGAUAUCGACGACGGCCAAAGGAUCUUGCAUGAUGCAUACGUCAGCUUGGCCUUCUCAUUCCUCGCUACUCCUGAUUUGGCAAGUCGAGUCGGCGACAUGAAAAUUCUAGCUGAAACUAUCGACAUCGACAUUCUAAGUCAAGCCAUACUCCAUGACGACUCCAGGGCCGUUCUCAACGAUAUGGAUCCGGAGUCUAGACUUUGGCUCCUUUCUCACUUUAUCUAUUUCCAUGGUCUAUGUUCAAUGCAGCGGCAAAAACCCGGUUAUAUUAGGGCCCUGUCUACCAUCCUGUCACUAUCAGCAAACGACAUAUUUGGGCGGAUAGAAGUCUCACAGCCAGGUGUUCUUGAUACAUCUGAUGAGGAAGUAGGCGGCCCAGAGCUGCCCAGGCAGGCUCUACCUGAGUUUAUUAGAAGUCAAGUUAUUUCUCUCGUCAAUAAACAGAGUAUCACAGACCUACUGGCAAAGUUUGAUUCUGAACACGCGGAAACUCGUUCCCCUGGGUAUGAGGGAGAUGAUAGUUUACUAUCUAGCUACGCCUUAACCCUACUGCGAACGUUCCCCACUCUUGGAGAAGAGAUUCGAAUGUGGCUAUAUCAAGCCUCAGUUACUGUCACUGGAGCUCAAAUUCCGGCUGUGAAGCUAUUCUGGCGAAUAAUGAAACAGACAUCGAUCUUCACGUCAAUAAGCACCGAUUCGAAGGCCGCGCUAGAAAUAUUAAAGAAGCCUUCUAAAAUUUCAAAUUCGCCUGCGGCUACCUCUAGCAAUGCUACAAGGGAUCGCGACUGGCGAUCUAUUCUUCUUUUCCUUGAGCUCUAUGCAUUCGCUUUGCGGUUCACUGAUGACGAAGAAUUCUUGAGCGGAGGAGAGACAAGUAUGACUGAGAAGGGAGGCCUAGUUUCACGAUCAAGAGAGAGUGCCCUCCCACUACGCGAUGUCAAGCUCCUGAGCGUUUUUCUCAAAAAUCUUUCGUUCACUAUGUAUUACAAUACGGCAGACAUACUGAAGGAUGACCGGCGAGAAACUCAGUCGAAUCUGUCCUCAUACUUCGCUACAAGUGCUAAAGACAACAACUCCACCGCCGAAUUGUCCACAGACGCUCCCACGAAGGACGCUAAAAAUGGGAAGAACCUAGAAUUUCUCGGUAUAGCCGGUAUGACAUAUGACUAUGUUCGGAAUAUUGUCACCCGUGUUAUGAAGAUGCUUUACGAGAGAGAUUCUCGACGACGUUUCUUGCCUCCAAACCACUGGCUUAUGACAUCAAGGUUUGAUAUGGGGAGCUUUAUACCAGCUGUUGUUGCGGAAGAAGAAAGGCAGCAUCAGCUGAACGUAGAAGAUGGCGAAGAUGAGGAUCAAGGUAUUGGUCGCGAGCCUGCACGCCCAAUUGUAGGACGAGGACGAUCUGCAGUUAUGGCCUGGCGGGAGAUAGCGGCGAGGGAACGGCAAAAGAAGUCACGGGCAAGCGCGCUUGCUGCGAUAGGGCCCCGUCUCGAGGUUCUACAGAAUAUGCCAUACGUUAUACCUUUCAAGACGAGGGUACAAAUUUUUCGGCAAUUCGCCCACCAAGAUCAGUAUAGACGGAGGAGCGGUAAUACGGAUCCGGAUGUAUGGCGCAUGAUUAAUAUGCCAUUUCCAGGCGACGGGAAUAGUAGGCACCACGCAAGGAUCAGGCGUGAUAAUGUGCUUGAAGACGCCUUUGGCCAAUUCUUUAGUCUCGGCGAGGGUUUGAAAGAGCCAAUCCAAAUUACGUUUGUGGAUAAGUUCGACAAUGUUGAAGCGGGCAUCGAUGGAGGUGGCGUCACUAAGGAGUUUUUGACUACAGUGACGAAUGAAGCAUUCCGAUCUGUGGAUGGACCUGGUUACUUCGUUACGAACGAUCAGAACCUUUUAUACCCAAAUCCCGCAGCAGUCGACCAAUGUAAAGAUGUUUUACGACACCAGGGUUGGCAAGAGUCUGACGCAGAAUGGAACGAUUCAAUAACACAGCUUUUAAAACGCUACGAGUUUCUAGGUCGCGUAGUUGGAAAAUGUCUCUACGAGGGCAUUCUCGUUGACAUAGGGUUUUCAGGCUUCUUCCUUUUGAAGUGGGCCUCAACCGCCAAUGCGGACUCUGCAUCUGAAUUAAGAUACCAGGCAAAUAUCAACGACCUGAGAGAUCUUGACGAAACACUAUAUCAAGGCCUACUUCAGCUCAAGAACUACACUGGGAACGCAGAAGACUUCGCGCUAGACUUUACCAUUGAUGAUGUAGUAUCUCUAGCAAACGAACCAGUGCGCACCAUUACACGGGAGCUCAUACCGAACGGGGCCAACAAACCCGUCAACAAUGAAAAUCGCGUGUUAUACAUAUCUCUAGUCGCUCGUCAUCGCCUUCACAGUCAGCCGUAUCAUCAAACGCGAGCCUUCCUACGUGGCCUCAGCCAAAUAAUACAGCCCUCUUGGCUCUCUAUGUUUAACCAAACGGAAUUACAGACCCUCAUUGGUGGCGAUAUGGCAGAAAUCGAUGUUGACGACUUACGGCGCAAUACAGAAUAUAGCGGGGUGUAUGUUAUCGGCGAUGAUGGCCUUGAACAUCCAACUAUCAACCUCUUUUGGCAGGUAAUGAAGCAGCUCGACGAUCAAGAUAGACGGAAAGUCUUGAAAUAUGUGACUUCAACUCCAAGGUCGCCGCUCUUGGGCUUUGGCCAGCUAAAUCCGAAGUUCAGUAUCAGGGACGCAGGAGGCGACGAGCAGAGACUUCCGAGUGCAAGCACAUGCAUAAACUUGCUAAAGCUUCCAAGGUAUACUUCUGCGAAGACGAUGUCGGAGAAAUUGCUUUAUGCCGUCAACUCUGGAGCUGGGUUUGACCUCAGCUGAGUAAUAGCGAAACGGUGGAAGUGAAACGACGCAUAGGAUGAUGCCGAAUGAUAUAUGAAGUGAAAGCAACUUAGACAUAGAGAGCUUUUAGUAGCAACCAAAUAUAAGCAUAGCUACUCGAAUGGGCCUGAUCAUUACCACACAUAGUAGAAUCUCCAGAGACCUUAGAAAGGGCCGUGAAUCACGGUUGUCUAAUAUGGUUCCUUCUGGUAAAUUGUUUGGACCUAUUGUUGUUGUACAUCGG